UCUCAAAACCUUAUUCCAGGUAUUCUUUAUUCUUUAAGCAUAUUUGAAACCAUGUACAUUUUUUAUCAGACGUUGAUAAAUACAUUCGUGGCGAAUUUGAUCUUAGAAGGCGUAAGGCUUCUCCUUUUGCGAAAUCCCGUAUUUACGCCAUUAGGUAUAUGACACGGAAAGUAGUUCGUGUCUUAGAAGGUCGUUGUCUCUUUGUAAUUUAAUUAAUGCGUUUGUAAGGGUCGAUUCCCCGUUAAAUAACUCGUGAAUUUUAUAUUAUUCACACAGCCAUCGGCUGCGAGUGUAACUGCCGCCAAAUGAAUAGAUUCUUGGGCACGGCUGGUGUCUCGACUCUUUCUGAAUCUCUUCGGUUGCUUCCCAACAACGAAUUUGUCACAGAGGAAUAACAGGAGUCGCGCAGGCCCGCAAACACUUUUUAACUUUCGAAGGAACGGCAACAAACAGUGAAUCUCCAUUACAUUCCACGUUUAUUCACGCUAUCUCAGCACCACCAGAGAUCACUCAACCACAAAAAGAUGCCAAUAUGUCUCGUUUCUUCAUGUUAGGACCAUGUUGGAACGCAAUCAGAGUGCGCGCACAGCCUGGUCCACACCCUAGUACGUAAUCAUCAUGUGACCCUUUCAAGUUGCCCUGAUUGGCUCCCUAUAGAAUUACGCGAUAUGUAGUUCAACGUCAAGCCAUUUUGCCAAGCACUUACUUCCUCCUGUGAAGCCUUUUGAGGAUGAAUACACCGUCUAAAAUUCCCUUCUUUGCGAGCUUCAUUCGUCGGUUUUCCAUCCUCUUUGGUAAAUUAAAGGGACCUUACAAAGAUCUUGGAAAUCUUGACGAAAGCGAAGAUAGUGAAGAUAACUUCGCUCAUUGGGAUGAAUAUAUGAAGAAAUUCCACAUCUUAAUGAAGGAAAAUGGUUGGCAUCCUUUUCAAUACGGAAUUUGGCCACGGCAACGCACUCUUAAAGGAAAAAAGAUUCCAGAAGCUGUCCGUACGACAUUAAUGAAGCUGUUAGACAUCGAGUCGAAGCCCGGAAACUGGAGGUGUCUGGCUGAACGUUUAGGAGCAUCUUACUCAGAUGUACAAUUCCUGGAAAGCCGCAACCACGAGUCACCAACGCAACACGUCCUCAACGUAUUCGAAACAAUGAACAAGUCUUUAACUUUUUUGAGAGACAUCUUUAUUGACUUUGACCGCCACGAUGUUGUUUCUGUGUUAAAUGACGAGAUUAAUAGAUGCCAAAUAGGCCACUGGUCAGGGAAUAAGCCCACACUCCUCCCUACUCUUCCUCAACGAAAUCGAUUGGAUCCUUAAUAGAUGUAAAAGACCAGGACAGUGGGUUCCGCAUUGACCAUGACCGCGCUGACGUUGUUACUGUGUUAAAUUACGCGAGGAAUUGGUUCCGAGUAGGCCACUACUAAGGAAAUGAGACCAUGCCAACCUCGCUCCACAGAGAAAUCGAGCUUGGAUCCGCAGUGGAUGUAAAGACAUAGGACA